GUCCUUUGUGUGGCUUCAGGAGCGACGAAGAAUGAGCGACAGUCGUUGACAUCCCCCCCGGCACACGGCAUCUAUCUCUCUUACCACUAUCUUCCGUUCUACUGAUCUCCAAUCUAUUCAGCAAAGACCUAGGACAGCAUGAGUCGUCCCAGCGCAAGCCGUCAGGGCUUUCGCUCCCAGGAGGAGCUCUUCCUGAAUACUGCAUCGGGGCAACCGCAGGCCGAUUCGCCCGUCAUUGAACCGCUGCGCAUUGGCAAGCGAGAAACCCCUUCCCCCGCGUCGGCGCAUAGCGCCCCUCUGCCCUAUCCCGACGAUAGGCAGAGACCCCAGCAUGUCCGUGGCUCAGGUUCAAGUGGCUCCAGUCCAGUAUCGCACGGUGGAGCUGCUCUGGGAGACUCGCCCACGGUUCCCAGCAAUAUGUCGGCUGGCUCCGGCAUAUCUCAGACCUCCGAUUAUAUGGCUUCUCUGCGGCUGCGUGAGCCCAAGCAGGCCACUCUAGCUGAGCGACGAGGCAAUGUCCCGAAACCCUUGCCCGAAUCCCCCGCAGGGGACUCUCCGGACCGCGAAGGACUAUUUUCGCGACUUCAUCAGCGCAUGCCGGGCCUGGCAGCUCCAGCUCCAGCUCCAAACGUUCAGUCCCAAUCGGCCGGGUACCCAGACCACCGCCAGCAGUACUACCCACCUCCUCAAGCUUCAACCAGACCGGCAGCAGCACACAAUCUACAGCCGCCAAACAAUGCCAUCAAUCGAAUAAGCUCAACGGCGUCAAACUCGACGACUCGUGCUCAACGCGGCUCUCCGCCGCCUCCAGAAACCCCGGUGGUUGAGCCAGGGCAGCAUGCGACGUCUGAUAUCGAGGCGCGGUAUGCUGCCUCGGGAAUUGCGGGAACUUCUACAUUAGCAGGACUUCAGUCUCAGAGUGCUGCUGCCCAGAGAAGAGCUGAGCAAUAUGCCGGCCAGCAGCCCAGAAUUCAACAGCCAACUCCACCGGUCCCAAGGCCAUGGACCCCAACGGAGCAGCCUGGAAGCCAGCCACAUGGGCCACCCACUGUCUAUCAAGGUGCUGAGGUCGUUUCCGAAGGUAGCCCUUCGACAAGCUCCACGCCUCCUAUGCCUGCAGGGGCGUCAGUGCAGCCCCAGCCAGCGUCCCAACCCACCAGGAUUCCUCCGAAUGCACUAGAGCAAGACCUGGAAAGAAUGCGCAUAAGCUCCUCCCCUCCUCCGGCCUACUCGAGUGUCCCAGGACCCGUAGUAUCGCAGGGCUAUCCGAACGAGAAGCAGCGUGUUCCAGUAUCGACAGGUCAGCCCAGCUCGUCAACUGGGCACCCCGCGACCUCUGGACCGGCAAACGGCACCAAAGAAGCCAAUGAUGCAAACAGUGCUGCAAUGGCUACUGGUCCGUUCGUGUCAGCCCAUGAUCACCCAGCAUUUGCAAAUGAAUCAAGGCAGCAACAGCAACAGCAGCCACAGCCGCAGCCGCAGCAGAAGCAAUCACCCCCACCACAGAUGCAGCCGCAGCCACAAGAGUCGAGAUACUCUCCUCCGAACGUCGCUCAAACUCCAGUUCAGAACGGGAAUCAUGCGAUCGUGCAGCAGACCAUCGUUAGCAAUUUACCAACGCCAUCUGUGGCACCAUCCUCACCUCCACCGCUACCAGAAGGUUGGAUCGCUCAUCUCGAUCCCAAUUCGGGUCAAUACUAUUAUAUCCACCUCCCGACUCAGUCCACGCAGUGGGAGUUCCCCAAGGGUCCGACUCCUCUGAAUCUCAACGAAACCCCGCUAUCCCCGGUAGGCAGCGUAUAUAGCAGCCAUCCUCUGGCAUCGCCCGCUUUAUCAACAUUCGGUAAACCCUUGGCAUCUCCUGGUCUUCCCUUGACUCCAGGAUUUGAGAGUUUACAGUCUCCAAUUGUGUCAGGGUUCACUACGGGGCCCCCUCCAAUCAGUGGGAUCGAUAUGUACAAGGUUGCUCCUACAAAUGGGGUUUAUUUCGGCCCCUAUCUCCGCUACACCAACAUGGAUGUAGAGCGUGGCAUCUGGUUAGGCUCCAUUCUCUUGGUGACAGAUGCCGCACAGCCUCCCACCAUUCAUAUUCACCAGAGUGUCGAUCUGUCUCCGAAUCCACGUCAGCUCAAAGCCAUGCCGAUUGCGGUUCAUCAGCGGUGGACCUUCUACCGGUACGAAAUUGAUUUACGUAUGGAAGAGGCCGGUCCUGCCAAAUGGACUUACGCUAUCACCUCACACCUUGGUUGCACACGCUACGAAUUUCUAGUUGCGGGACGAUACGAGACUGGUUGGCGCUUUAUCACCACUUCAGGAAACGAUUUCUCUAUGAAUGUAAAUGCCAACGAGAGAUCUCGCCUCGGCGGUGUAGGCUUCAUGUGGAAAGACAUCAUGCAGAAGCAUAAUGAGAUUGGAGGAUUCCAUGCCCAGCUGUGUCUGGGAGGCCAGAUCUACGCCGAUCGGAUGUGGAAGGAGGUUCCAUGUCUCAAACAAUGGCUGGCACUCAGUGGGAAAGAAAUCCGGAAGAAGACGCCAUGGACAACUGCCCACGAAGAGGACGUCUCCCAUGCUUACUUUCACUAUUAUACGAGCCAUUUUGAUCAGCCCUAUCUUAGAGAAGCCUUUGCUCAGAUCCCUUAUGUUUGUCAGAUCGAUGAUCAUGAUAUCUUCGACGGAUUUGGUUCCUACCCAGAGCACAUGCAGUUCUCCAAUAUGUUCAAGAAUAUUGGGCGAGUAGGCAUAGAGAUGUAUCUGCUGUUCCAGCACCAUACCACACUGGAUCUGCUCCGUAAUUCUCAGAGCGACGUCGACCUGUUCACCAUCACCGGCACUGGCUGGCAUUUUGUCAAAUACCUGGGGCCCGCUGUUGUUGCCGUCGGCCUUGACUGUCGCUCAGAGCGCAAUCCUCACCAGGUUGUUGCUGGUCCCACGUAUCAGGGGAUCUUUCCCAAAGUUGCCAUGUUACCUCCAACUGUGCAGCAUUGCUUAUGGAUGCUUUCAGUGCCAAUCAUCUACCCGCGCCUGGAGACCGCUGAACACAUCGCACACACGGUUGCUACGGGGAAGAGGGCAGUCACGGGGGCAUAUAAUGCCCUUGGAAAAGUCACCAGCUCCGUGGCCGGUGUAGUCGGAGCCAAGGGCAUGGUUGGGUCAGGGUUCGACUCGGUCAAACGGGCUGUGGGCAAAACCGGUCUAAUGGGCGGAAUCCUCAGCCCUUUCGGUGAGCUUGACCUGUUGGAUGAGUUGCGUGAUCAGUGGACCCAUGAGUCCAAGGAUCUCGAACGAACCUACCUUAUUCGCACCCUCCAGGGCAUUGCCCAUCAAAAGUCGCUCCGCAUGACUUUCCUUUCGGGUGCCGUCAACGCCUGCGGUGCUGGGCUCGUGCAUGAUCCGUCUUUCCCCUCCAACCAUAAGACCAUGUAUCAACUUAUCUCGUCACCAGUGGUUAACAACCCACCACCGUCAUAUGUCAUCAAGCUUCUCCAUGGUAGCAACAAACCCCUAUAUGUCCCAGCUAACGGUCAGCGCUCGACUCCCUCGAAGCCUACCGAUACUAAGGAAGACAUGCUGGAGCUGUUCCAGUCUGAUGUUACCGGACAGCCUCGUGAACACCGGAAGCUGAUUGGUCGUCGAAACUAUGUUGCUAUCGUUGCCUAUGACCCGGAUGUCGUCAACACGAUGUACGGUCAUCCAGGCCAAGGAAGUGGGAAGUUGAACCUUGCGGUGGACUAUAUGGUUCAGGGCGAUGGAACAUUUGGCGCUGUGGUCAAGUAUGGGCCUGUGAUUGUUCCUAGCUUGGAGCCAGGAAAGUGAUGACACUUGAAGUAUGUGUUAUGAUUGAUGGCCUCAUUGUAUUUCCUCUUUCUUUGAGCUGUUUUCUUUCUACCCCUGUUUUUCUGGUCUUUUGCUAUCUUUCUCUUUGUCCAGUUUCUAUCUAAUUUUCUUUCAAACCGUUGUCUUCUUCCAUUCAACAUACCUGUCCCGCCCAGAAUUUGUAGCAGCAAACGCAUCGAUAUCCCUAGCAAUGCUAUUUCUCGAUUCUUGUCACAACACAAGCAUGUUCCAAGUAUAUUCAACGGAUAAUAC